CACAGAGCAGCUUCUUAGACGCAGACCAUGGCUGUCCUAUCCCUGGUGCUGCUGCUCGGCCUGCCCGUCUUUCUCCUGGGAGUCUUUAUCUGGGCUGUUUUAAAGCAUUUCCUCACAGCAGAAGUCCCUUCUACCAUGCCAUAUCCUGUCAAGUUACGAUUUCUGCAUUGUUUGAUCCUAUAUGUGAUCGCUUUGGGGAACACACUGGAGAAGCUAAGAAUUUGUUCCAUGCCUCGAUUUGUCCGCUUCCUACAAGACAGCAUGACCAUAAUAGAGAAGGACCCCAGAGUGGUGGUGACCAACCUGCGCUUUGGGACAAUCCCUGUGAGGCUGUUCCAGCCCAAGGCAGCAUCCAGCAGCCCUCGGAGAGGUGUCGUCUUCUACCACGGAGGAGGUGGAAUGUUUGGCAGCUUGGAUUCUUACCACAGCCUGUGCAAUCACCUGGCUCGGGAGACCGACUCUGUGGUCUUGUCUGUGGGGUACCGCAAGGCUCCUGACUACCAUUACCCUACCAUUUACCAGGACUGCUUAAAUGCCACCAUCCACUUCCUGAAGGACUCGAGAACCUAUGGAGUAGAACCCUCCCAAGUGAUAAUCUGUGGGGAGAGCAUGGGAGCAUCAACUGUGGCCAUGGUUACUCAGACCUUGGUGGGCAGAACCGAUCUUCCCCAGACUCGGGCUCAAAUUCUGAUUUAUCCAGCUGUUCAGUUAUUGAAUUUACAGUUACCAUCUUUUCGUCAAAAGAGAAAUGUUCCACUUCUCACCCAUGAGUUAUACAUGACAUUUUUGUGUGACUAUCUGUCCAUUGAUUACUCCUGGAAAAAUGCCAUUUGGAGUGGUGCUGGUAUACCCCCUGAGAACUGGAAGAAGUACAAGAAAUGGCUCAGCUCUGACAACAUCCCCAACAGGUUCAAAAACAAAGACCAAGAGCCUCAGUUUCCUGGGCCUUUUAAUGAGUCUGCUUAUCUGGAAACCAAAACUCGGUUUGAUGUAAGAAAUUCAUUGCUUAUGGCAGAUGAUGAGAUAAUCCGUCAGCUUCCUGAGACCUUCCUGGUGAGCUGUGAGCAUGACAUCCUCCGUGAUGAUGCUUUGCUUUACAAGAAGCGCUUGGAAGACCAGGGGGUGCCAGUGAACUGGUACCAUGUGGAAGAUGGCUUCCAUGGAUGUGUACCGUUAUUUGAUAAGAAGUUUUUCUCUUUCCCAUGCUCCCAGAAUAUUGUGAAUUCUGUGGUUAGUUACAUAAAUGGCAUAUGAAAGGCUGUGUGUGUUGUUCUGUGUAAGAGAACUGGCCUAAAAUAUAAAUGCCCUAGAUUUGACCCUCAGCACUACAGAAGAAUUAACUUUGGAAAUGAAAGUGCUACCUGAUAGGAACUGUGUAACCCUGAGUCAUGUGAAACAAAGAUGUCACAGUCCCAAGACAGGGCUUUUGCUGAUUUUUGUUUCUUUAUGGAAGAAGAUGCUGAAUCUAUCAUGGCAGGGCAUGAAGGAUCAUAAGGGCAUGAAGGAAGCGAACAACUGUCUAGCUACAUAUUCAAGGAAACCUAAACUCAGUACUAACAAUGUCCAGUCUUGUCCUAGAAACAUUGCUUUAGUUUGCAUUUCUCCAAUGACCAGUGAUGUUGAACAUGUUAACUGAUUUUUAAUUUGUUGCAAAAUAUCUAAAAGUUCGGUAUUCUGUGACUGUGUCCUUAUGAUACGUCUUUCUGGUUGUGUGAAGGAACCAUCACAAACUUUAAUCUAGAAUGAGAACAUCUGACUUCCUUUUGUGGAUGAGGACAUCUUUGACACCAUGAGCUCACUUUUCCUUCAUUUAAUUUGGUCAAGAGUUGCAGUGGAGGCUCCCUUGAUCUCCAGCAUAAACUGGAACUCUGUGCUAAUGCUAUAAUCCCACAAUCAUUAGUCAUUUCCUUAUGAAAUUCUUUGUUGUACUGAAAUGUAUUGUUUUCACUGAUAUUUCUUUAAAAAAGUAUUUGUAUUAGAAGGGAGGUAAACAGGUUGAGAAAAUUUUAAAGCAUUAUCAUUCAUCAUUCACUCUUUUACAAAAUGUUUUCAACUAUCACACAGAACUAUAUUUCUAACUCACACCAAAUCCUGUUGCUUUUCUGAUUAGAAACUUUGAACAGCUUCCCAUGCACUUCAUAUUAAACUUGCCUCCUGACUGUAGCCCUCAACUCCUGUAUGAGAUCCCAGACUGGCCUAACAUUCAUAUUUUUGUUUUAUUUGCAUUGAAUUUUUUGAGUACAUGUAUUUAUUAGUAUAUGUACCUAAUAUUUUAAGUUCGUUUUAGCAAGAAGCUACACGUUACUGAUGUAUAUUAUCUUUUCAUUUCUUCCCCACCACCUACCUCUAUCAGUCUCUAGAUCACCUUCCCACUUUCAAAUGAUCUAGCUGUUUCUAUUACCUAGCCUGUAUUUUUCUUUUUUACUUUUAUUUUUUUAUUUCUUAUUUUUAAAAACAAGAGGUAGAAAUGAUAUAGAUUUUUUUUUAAAAAGUAGGAAAUUAAGAUUUACCCGGGGAUCAAACUCACGACCUUACACUUGCCAAGCAGGCACUUAUGCCACUGAGCUAAAUUCCUGGUCCCUGCUUAUUGUUAUCUUAGAAGUAGUUGUUCAGGUUACAAGAUUUAGGCAGAAAAAAAUGAUCAAAGAAUCAAACAAUGAGAGCAGAAACUCUUUGGAUGAACUUACAGAGAUUACUAGUAUAGCUGUCUUGCACACACACACACACACACACACACACACACACACUACACACAUAUAACAUUUUCCCUUUUCUCUUUUCUCCUUUCUCCUGUCCCAGUUGUUGUUUCCUUUUGAGCACUUUCUUUCCCUUUCAUUUUCACAAUAUCUAUGGUCAUCAUUGUUUUCAAAUAUAUUGAAAGUUAUGCCAUGUUUAUGCUUGAAUGUUCAGUUUAUCUCACCGAACAUUGUGAUCUCAAAGUACACCUCAGGCUUCAUGCACUCUGUUUCCCAACCUGAGUGAAUCAUCUCAUCCUUGAAGCAGCCUUUUCCUCCAUGGUAAAGUAAUAGGAUUUGACCUGAGUAGUCUAGUCUAGCAGUCUGUCCUGCUUCCAUGAGAACCCCAGGAUCCUCCAUUUUUUGCUUAUGAAUCGUUCCAUUGUGAUAUCAGACUAUCUGAGUCAUUGACACAGUCCACAAUCUCUUAAGUGUUCUUGGAAUGCGAUUAAGCCAGGUCAGUGGAUGUUAAAAGGGCUCAGGAACACUGUUCUUCUAGCUGAGCACACUUUUUAGUUAAGGAUCUGUCCUGAUCCCUAACUGGCCCCAGGGCAGACAGCUGCUGUCUAAAAGAGAUGGAGAGGAAGAUUCAGAAGUCCCCUGGCAGAGCAGCAGGGAGUGACUUGGAGGAAAAACAGAAGUAGUGAGCCAGAAUUCCUUAGUUAAGUACAGACAUUGUGUUUAAUAAAACUUGCAGUUGUUUUGUUCUUUGCCACCGAAUGCAGCUAAAUCAUACCAUUUAUCAUCAAAUUGAAACUUCUGAGUGUGCUAAAAACAACUGGGUUACAUACAACUGUGCUUACCACAAGAUACUGACUGUACCAAGGCCCUCAGCGAAAGCUUAUCUCAUUCUGGUAACUUCUGUUUGCCACCAACCUCAUCUCGCCAUCCAACAGAGGGCAGCAUCUACCUUGAGUAGUCCUCUCUCAAUCAGAACCGCUGUGAUAAUUAAUUAUUCUCCUACGCAUUUGUGCUUCCAAAAAAUGUGGCUCAUCCUGUAUUGCCUAGAGGAUGCUUUAUAAAUCUGAUUAAAAGGAAUUCAAUUACCAUUUCUCUUGCUUAAUUGUG